AUGUCCAAGUCGACCAAAACUCCCUCGUCUACACAAGAUCUCAAGUGGGACCAAUACUACAAUGAUCCCUCCGCCAAUAUCAUUUUCGUCUCCUCUGACAACGUCCAUUUCCGCGUACAUGGAUGGAAUUUGAAGCGACACAGUCAAGUUUUCGCCGAUAUGCUCACACUUCCCUCUCCACCGCCGCAGACACACGCCCAUUCGCCCGAAUUCCACGCCGUUGAUAACGCUCUGUCCCUGCAACACUCUCCUCUCCCCAUCACCAUCGACGCACCGGCCGAUACCCUACGUCACUUUAUGAACUGUUGCCACUCCUCUAUGCCAACCCUCGACAUCACCACUGCUGAAUUGUCUGCCGUAUUGGCAUUGUGCGACAAGUACGAUUGCGGGAAUCUCAAGAACAAGAUCAUGGACGCUUAUGAGACCAUUGCUCAUCGAGACCCCAAGCAGACGUUUGUAAUCGCCUCUCGAUAUAAUCAUAUAAAAAUGGCAAGGGCGGCUAUUAAACAUUUCCCAGUCAAUGCAGGCCUCACAAGCUUGGGUAAAGCUGUCACGGAUAUACGUUCCCCCUGGUUGGUUGAGCUUUGCUGUCGGAGAUUUGGGGGGUCCAUCGAGGGAGGGAGAUGUUACGUGGACAAUUGGGAAAGUGUUGCUCGCGGCUUCGAUCCGUGA